UAGAGAGGAGGGGCAGGGGAGGGAGGCCCGGGGCACCAGGUGCCCAGCGGCCACUGUUUCUGGUGUCCCGGGCUGCCCUUGCUCCCAAGCCCCGCAGUCUCAUUUGCCGUCUUCCAACGCGUGACCCCAGCGCGUUCGCGUCCCCGGCCGUUGACAGGCGCGGGGUGCGCCAAGCAGUGCCAUGUGCCGCCUUUUUCUCGCGGCCGCUGCAGUCGCCGCGCCCGGAACCCCGCUCCAGCUCCUCCGCAGAGGACUCGCCGCCGCCAUGUCUCACGCAGGGCCCCUCAAAUCCGUGGACUACGAGGUGUUCGGGAGAGUGCAGGGUGUCUGCUUCAGAAUGUACACAGAAGGUGAGGCCAAGAAAAUAGGAGUGGUUGGCUGGGUGAAGAAUACCAGCACAGGCACUGUAACAGGCCAAGUGCAAGGCCCCGAAGAGAAAGUCGAUUCCAUGAAGUCCUGGCUGAGCAAGGUCGGAAGUCCUAGUUCUCGCAUUGACCGCACAAACUUUUCUAAUGAAAAAACCAUCUCUAAACUUGAAUAUUCUAAUUUUAGUAUUCGCUACUAAUAGAAAUAAAAAUUGUUCAUACUGCACAAUAGACACUAUAUAUUCUUAAGUCUAUAUACUAGGAUAAUAGUAGCAGAGUAGGGUAGAAAAAGUAACUGUUUUGAAAUCCACAACAUUAUAUAUAUUACUAAAAAUAUGUGACACUGAAACAGUUUUACUCAACUAUGUUUUUAACAAGCAAAAGAUUAGUAUCCUAAAGUAAAAAAUUUAAUUACAAAAUAUUUGAAUUGUAAUUCAAAAAUUGAAACUUGUGUUAUGGAAACUUUAAUUCUAAUGAAUAUUAUAGCAUACGUAUUAUAUAGCUAGACAUAAAAUAAUGAAGUUAACCAUUUAAAUAUUAUUUUUAGUUCCUGUUGUCUGGAUUGAAUUCUAUAACCUUCCAAAUAAUAAUCUGUUAUUAAAGUCAAGCAAUUUGUUUAAUAACAACAAAAACAACCUGUAGAUAUAAAUGUAUGUGAUGAUCAUUAUAAUCAUGAAAUAUCAAUAAAGAGUUAAUUUUUAAAAUUCUGGUUAAUUGAGAAAAUAAUUCAGUACUUGGGUUGGAGCUAUGGAAUGCUUUCUAUGAACUGUAUUGUUCUGUAUAGUGAACAGAUGAGUGUAUAGCAAGCAGCAAGAUUUGUAUCGACAACCAUCCACAAUGGUUAUUCUAUCAAUCAGAAAAGGAACUGAGUCUAAAUAAAUUAUACUA